GCCAUAAAACUUUACGUAGAAGAAGAAGACCCCAGCCACUAGAGGGCGCUGGUCGAGAGUGUCCCUGCUUUUCAUGGUGAUGAAUGCAGCGGGGCUAGAGGUCAGAGUUGAAUGUUUGACAGAAAGCUGAAUAUGGAUUCCAUAUUUCACGAGAAACAAGAGGGCUCUCUUUGCGCCCAACACUGUCUCAACAACCUUCUGCAGGGUGAGUAUUUCACUCCUGUAGAUCUGUCCUCCAUCGCUCAUCAGCUUGAUGAAGAGGAGAGAAUGAGAAUGGCUGAGGGAGGUAUGGCCAGUGAGGAGUAUAGGACCUUCUUACAGCAACCAUCUGGGAACAUGGAUGACAGUGGGUUCUUUUCAAUACAAGUAAUUAGCAAUGCUCUGAGAGUGUGGGGCUUGGAGCUAAUUCUCUUCAACAGCCGGGAGUACCAGAGCCUGAUGAUAAAUCCAAUAAAUGAGAAAGCCUUCAUUUGCAACUACAAGGAGCACUGGUUUACUAUACGCAAACUUGGACAACAGUGGUUUAACCUGAAUUCACUACUGACUGGACCAGAGUUGAUAUCAGACACCUAUCUAGCCCUUUUCCUUGCACAGUUACAACAAGAAGGUUAUUCCAUAUUUGUGAUCCGAGGAAACCUCCCUGAGUGUGAAGCAGAGCAGAUCCUUGGGAUCAUGAGAGUGCAGCAGCAGCAGCGGCCAAGGCUUAUUGGAGAGGAUGAGGCCCAGACAAGUGCAGGCAGGUCAGCAGCACUGAGCCAUACAGAGAUGGGCUUUGGUGUGGAGGAUGAGGUUGUAGAUGACGAUGAAGAGCUGAAGAGAGCUCUGGCACUCAGCAGACAGGACAUAGAUGUGGAAGAUGAAGAAGCUGAUCUUCGCAGGGCCAUACAGCUCAGCAUGCAAGGAGCAGUGAUGAGCAACAAGUCCUCAGAGUCUGAAAUGGGAAAUGUGAAAUCAGGGAGCCAGUUAGCAGGGAGUGCAGGAGGACAAAAAGGCCAGAAUGACACACUCACGGCCGAGGAACUGCGGAAGAGGAGACAAGCCUAUUUUGAUCGGCAGCAGCAACACGCUCACCCGAACAUUCCUCAACAACCAGACACAAAAUCAACAGGUGGUUCAGGAACAGUUAACACUGGCUCUAAAGAAGACCACCAACAAAAGCCCAGCCAGUGAAGAAAGUGUGAAAGGUUUGCCUAUGUUGUUUACCAGCUGCCACGAUUGGCAACCCCAUACAGGGGUAGCUUUGCUCCUUCCUCUAACCUUUUGCACAUGCGAACAUAAGGACAGUCAGAAGGCUGACACGUUUCCCUUGGUUAGUUCGCUGACAGGCUAUAGAGAGGAGAACAACGACAAAGAAAAGCAGAAGUUAGUCUAAUCUAACUCACUGAGGCUGGGAAAAGGGUGACCACAGAACUCAUGAUGCAGUUAAUCCAAGUUUGCAAUUGCCUUUUUACCAUGGCGCCUUCUAUUUCUAUUGUAUACUGUUUUUUUAUUCAAAUUUUUCCUCUGGAAGAGAUGGAAAGGAAUCUUCAGCAUACAAAGGGUGUGUUUACUUGAGUGGGGGUGAAUACAUACAGAGAUGGGUGUUCUGUGAAAGCCAUAGGAGACCAAUGUUAAGACCAGAGAUAGAUAAUGACAGAGCCUCCUUCCUUUACAUUGGACUUGCGUUUGUAGGACAUGAGAUGUGAUUCCAACGCCUGCCCCACCAGAACACCAUUGUAGUUUUGAAAUAAUUUAUUGUUGCAGUGUACUGAAAUAUCCUUUAGCCAGCUGCACUGACAUGUGUGGGUCAUUUAUUCCUGACACCAUCAAUCAUUUUACUUGUGAAUGUGAGCUCCCACCGUAUUUAGACAACAACAUAUUUUUGAUGUUGUGGCUUUGUUUUUACCUUAAGUGUAAAAGUAGGCAUAAUGAAUAAUGUAAGAUUACACAGCUCACAAACACUUCAUUUAAGGGUGUUUUCGAUGGACAGUGAACAAAAUAAUUCUAUAGAGCUAUUUGCUGAAUCUAAGAUACUUUUGACUGAUACAUAUUUUUCAUAUCUUGUCCAGAAUAAGUUGACCUGUAAUGGGGAGCAAAGAAGCAAUCUGUAAACACCAUGAAACUGCAGCUGAUAGAUAGAAUAUGUUGUUAAUUUUCCCAGCACAGUAUGAUCACUUAAACCCCCCAAAAACGUCUGGUAUGUCCAACCAGCCUAACUUCUAUAUGACUUCAUCUGUUAUUUCUCUGUAUAGGGAAUUAAUUAUAAAGAAAAGAUUAUUAAAAUGAUCAUUCUCCUUUUGACGCACCUUCACAAACCAUUGAUAGUUUUACUCUCGUAUAUUACAGCCCCUGAAAUACUUGUUUAAUUGCGCUGAUUUGACUGAUUUGAGCAAUGUUGUACACAUUAGCCAUUGGCUGAUUUGGAAAUAUCCAAAUCUCAUAAUUUGUAUAUUAUAAAAUCCAAAGAGUGAAACAAAACAUCAAAAAUGUGUCACCAUGCAUACACUUUAAAGUGUUCAUUGUAUUUUUUUGCAUUUGUUUCUGACUUGUUUAGAAUCUCUCUUAUUUUCCUCUACAAGCUUCCAUUCAGUCCUGAAAACCAAAAUCUGGUUACAACACACAAUGUUGACGAAGAAACCACGUUACAGCAUUACAACAGUGAAAUUUGUUUACAAUUAUUAUGUUUUCUGGAACCGAUGACCGUUCGGCAUGGAUAUAUCUUGAAGCCUCCACGAAAGUAUUGGCUGUCAUGCAAUGUUUGACUUCUUGUGCUGGAUGACUUCCAAGAAGAUUCCCUGAUUUUGUAAUUUUUUUCCUUUCCUUUGGAUCUGUUAGGCAUUUUUUUUUCUAUUUAAAAUGCACUUGUGAAAGAGUAUAUAAAAUGUUAGCAGUUGGGUUUUUAUCAUUCCAUUAUUUUCACUCACUACAUUCUUACAAUAAGUACUCACCAUUUUUAUUAGAUUUCACAUGUUACCAUAGCACAUUCUUUCAUUUAAUGUAUCAGUUCUUGUUCCAGGAUUAAACUGACAUUCACUCCUCC